GUACUUCAAAAACUAGGAAAAGCAGAUGAAACAAAAGAUGAACAGUUUGAAGAAUACGUUCAAAAUUUCAAGCGGCAAGAGGCAGAGGGUUCCAGGCUCCAGAGAGAACUGAGAGGAUAUUUAGCAGCCAUCAAAGGGAUGCAAGAUGCCUCAAAGAAGCUUACAGAGUCUCUUCAUGAAGUGUAUGAGCCAGAUUGGUACGGACGAGAAGAUGUCAAAAUGAUUGGAGAGAAAUGUGAUGAACUUUGGGAAGACUUCCAUCAAAAACUGGUGGAUGGGUCAUUGUUGACCUUGGAUACAUAUCUAGGACAAUUUCCUGAUAUCAAAACUCGCAUUGCAAAACGAAGCAGAAAGCUGGUGGACUACGACAGUGCAAGGCAUCAUCUAGAAGCCCUGCAGAGUUCAAAAAGAAAAGACGAAGGCAGAAUUACCAAGGCAGAAGAAGAGUUUCAAAAAGCACAGAAGGUGUUUGAAGAGUUUAACACUGAUUUACAAGAAGAGUUGCCAUCUCUGUGGUCACGACGAGUUGGCUUCUAUGUGAACACCUUCAAAAAUGUAUCCAGCCUCGAAGCCAAGUUUCACAAGGAAAUAGCUUUACUAUGUCACAAACUAUAUGAAGUGAUGACGAAGCUGGGAGAUCAGCAUGCAGACAAAGCCUUCACCAUUCAAGGGGCACCAAGUGAUUCAGGUCCACUCCGCAUUGCAAAAACUCCGUCACCGCCAGAGGAGGUCUCUCCCCUGCCUAGCCCUACUGCUAGUCCCAAUCAUAUGCUGGCACCAGCAUCUCCGGCACCAGCCCGGCCUAAGUCACCCACACAGCUGAGGAAAGGUCCGCCAGUCCCACCACUGCCUAAGCUCACACCAACAAAGGAGUUGCAACAGGAGAACAUCAUUAACUUAUUUGACGACAACUUUGUCCCAGAAAUCAAUGUGACGACCCCAUCACAGAAUGAAGUUCCUGAAGCUAAGAAAGAGGAAUCUUUGCUAGAUCUGGACUUCGACCCUUUCAAGCCAGAAGUUGUAUCAACAGGAGUUACUCAUUCACCCAUGUCUCAGACAUUGCCAUGGGAUCUAUGGACGACAAGCAGCGAAUUGGUGCAGCCGGCAUCCAGCGCAGCAUUUAAUGGAUUUGCACAGGAUACCUCUGCAUUUACAGUGCAAUCAAAUGAGAAUGUGACAGAGCCUUUGACUGAGGCCGAAGAAGACAGUGUCGAGGCAGGGGAUAAGGAGACAACUGGCGUUGCUGAGAAAGAAAGCGAGGGAGUACCUGCCACCGAGGGGGCUGCGGCAGCAGAAGAUAGUGCGGCUGUGGCAGCAGGAGCUGGUGAUGGCGUUGCUACCACUAAGCAGGAGGGCGUUGCUGAAGGUGACAAAGCUCAGGGAGAAGAAAAGGAGGCUGAUGUGUCUCAGGAAAAAGUCAGCAGCAUCCCUUCAGUAGUAAUAGAGCCAGCAUCAAACAAUGAGGGGGAGGGAGAAGAACACGAAGUCGUCGUGAAGGAGUCCAAAGAUGCCGCAGCAGAGAUGGGCACUCAGGGCACUGACACUUCUCCCAGUGAAACUUCCCAAGUUGAAAGUGAGCAGAAACCCACCGAAGAAAUGCAGGCCGCACCUUCUCAAGAUCAACCUGUUCCAGCAGAAGAUGCAGCUUCUGCGAUGCCACCCGGCUUUCUCUUUAAGGUUGAAGUUCUACACGAUUUUGAGGCAGCUAACAGUGAUGAGCUUAAUUUAAAACGAGGAGAUAUUGUACUAGUAAUUCCUUCUGAGACCACAGCUGAUCAGGAGGCUGGCUGGUUGACAGGCAUUAAGGAAUCCGAGUGGCUUCAGUACAGAGAUGCAAAUAGUUAUAAAGGACUUUUCCCAGAGAACUUCACGCGCCAUCUGGAGUAGUUCUCUGCUCAGGCAGACGAAUGUGGUACGAAGCUCAGUCAGUAGGUUUUUAACCUCUUUGAAACACAGGAGCCCACCUUUUUGUAGUUUAAGCUGUUGAUGGUUUACAGACUGGUGCCAGACAAAGCUUGUUGAAACAUAUCGAAAUGAGCAUGAAUGCAAACAGUUAAGCUAGCAAUUUCUGAAGCAGUACACAAAAAAAAAAUCAAAUAAAAAAGAAAUGUCCUUAUUUGUUCACACGUACGUGGCAACAGGUUUGUUUGUGCUUUGUCAGAGCUAUGGUGAUCCUGUAUUUGGUCCUUCCCCAUGAAAUCUGAAAUUAGCCUCCUCGAUACCAAAACCUUAACUUCUCUGCACUAAGUGUAUUGUAUUGAGUUGCACUGCAGAAGAUUUAAUUAGUUAUCCUGUAGUAAUGAGGUCAAACUAUUAUAAGUUUCAUGUGUUUAAAAAAAUAAUUAACUGCUGCAACGUUUUUCAAUGUUAUUUUUGGACAUGCAUAAUAUAUAUACACACAAGAAUUUAUAUGUGUAUAUAUAAGUGCAUAUGGAUAUAUAUGCAUUUUCACAACUUCAUCGUAGUUCUUUGACUGUGUAGUAUCAUCAGUACAUGCAUUGCUCUUUCACUGUCUGGCAUUACAGGAAACAGUUUUGUUCCAAAGCAAAACUAGCUGCUCCAUUGCCAAAACACAAUACAGUAUCUGUGUUUGUAAUGUGAAAUUUUCAUUCUGAGAUGAUGAAUAACACCAUGUUCAAAGCUGCUAAACCUUUGAGAAGGCAUGGCUCGGUCUCCCAGCUGCAGUAGUUACAAUGAGAUAAUCUGGAGGGGGAGCUGUUAUGAUGCUAAUCUAUACUUUUUUAUUUAAUUGGCUGAAUAAAUAAAAAAGAAAGAAACAGAACUAAUCUCUGAAAAGAAAUAAACACAAUAUAUUUUCACUAUAUGUAUUUAUGCAGUGUACCUUCACAGAUCCUUUUAAAAUAAGAUAUAUAAUGUAUCCUGUAUCAAAAAGUCAUCUGUAACUUAUGUUUUUCAGUGCUGUGUCAUUAAAAAUAAACCUUUGAUCCAGA